CCUUCAUGAGCCACCAUGUGCACUAGCCCCGUGCCAUCGCCAACCACCCCCUCUCGCAGUCGAUCACGGUGCGUCGCUCUAACCACAUAUACCAGAUCCUGAAUCGAAAAGGCAUGUACGUGGAUCGCCAGAAACGAGCUCCAUGGCGCUCCACCCCCUCCCGUGCUCGACACCGCCGGUUGCAUCACAGCAAUCGUCACCGCGGGCGGCAUCUCCGAGAGAAGGUACCCGUCUCAUCCCCGCCUUAUCAUCGGUUUCUUUUCUCUUCCGCGUGAAUUCCCUUUUGUUACAUACAUUGAACGAUUUGCGCGUGUGCCAAUCUUGUAACGAGUUUCCCGUCACAUAUUUCCACAACGUAAAUGGAUUUCAAAAAGAAAAAAAGAAGAAGAAGAAAAGACGCCGCGCAACAUUUCAUCCCCAUGACCUGCAUGCGUUUCUUCUUGAUGCACCGGCACGGACGGUCACCCGGGGUUUGUGAUCCAUGGAGCAUCAGGACACCCUGAAUUCGUGAGGCACCCUCGUCAUCCAUCCAUCCACCUUCACCUAGAAGUCUAGAACUAGAAACGCCCCGGCUGGCCCCCACGGGCACGGCACUCAACUGCGCCAGUACAAAGCUCCACCUCACACCCGUGCGCAAACAGCCGCGCCGAAAAAAACUGAAAGCGCAAGCCACCAAGGGUCCGCCGCUACGAACCAGGCUCGCAAACUCGCAGUUGACAUGCCACGUCGCCGCCCGAGCAAACAAACUUUGGAGCUAAUUACUGUACUUACCUGGCAAACAAUGGACGGAGAGAUUAUAAAGAGCAGGGGAGGAGCGGCACCCCCACCCAAAUAAAUCCAGCCCCCCUCCCCUCCGUCCUCCACGCCGGCGACAGGCGUCAAUGUACGGAUGUCCCCCCGCCCAUAGCCCCACCACCACCACCACCUCCAUUCUCUCCUCCCUCCUCACCGUCGUCGAUAUUUCAUCUUUUCUCCCCCUGUCUUUGCGCGCGUGUGUGCGCGCCUUGGGUUUGGGUAAAACCGCCGCACCACCGAAAGAGCAAGCCCAGCCUCCCCUCCAUCCCCCGAUGCCGCCUCGUGCUCCGCUCCUCCCCUCCCACCACCAUAGCCUCUCAGUGAUACAGUAGCCCCACCCUUCCGUCCUCCACUCUGCUUUCCCCCCUCGAAACCCCAUCCCCGCCGCCGUUGGUCGGUCGGGCUCGCGCGCCGCGGCUGCUCCAUCAGGAGCAUCCGCUUGGGUUUUUCACCGCUGCUGCCACGAGGUUCAGGCUCAGGCGCUCAGGCUCAGGCCGCGUCGCGACGAGCCGCCCCCCGCUGGCACGCGCGCCCGCGCCAGCAAAAAGGCGAAGAUUCCCGGCCUCGCCUCCAGUCCCCUCCACACCACCCUCCUCCCUGCCCCUCUAGUCCAGAUCUGCCGCUCUCUCGCCCCCCUCCCCCGCUCCCCGCGCCGCCAGAUUCGCCGCCGCCGACGCCGACAUGCGGCCGCUGCGGCGCCUCUGACCAAAGGGGAAUAAAAAGACUCCCGCUUUCGUGAUUCCUCUUCGCGCCGGCAGGGGCCGAUGGGGUGCGGCCAGUCCAAGCUGGAGGAGGAGAAGGCGGUGAAGCACUGCCGGGAGCGCUCCGAGCUGCUGGCCCUCGCCAUCCGCCACCGCUACACGCUCGCCGACGCGCACCGCGCCUACGCCGACUCGCUCGGCAGGGUCGGCGUCGCGCUGCACGACUUCGUCCGCGGCGUCCAGACGCUGCCCCCGCCGCCGCCAGAGCCCACGCUCCACCUGCCCCCCGGCAACCGCAAGGGAGACGGCCUGCCCGCCGCCUCGCCCGCCAACAACCCCGCAAUCGCCUCCUCGUCCAACGGCCAGGCGCCGCCGCCCGCCGCCAAGCAGGUCCGCAUCAACCCCGAUGACCAGCACAUCCACUUCCACUCCGACGGGGACUCCGAUUCCGAGGACGGCCACAUCAAGUUCCACUCCGACGACGAGGCCGACCCGGGCCAGCGCCGGCCCGAGAUCGUUCGCUCCGCGGGGGACCCGGGCCAGAGGCCGCCACCGCAGCAGAUGGGGCCGCCGCCGUAUGGCUCCUCCGCGUACGGCCCGCCGCCGUCGUAUGGUGCUCCUCCGGGGUACGGGUAUGGUGGAUACCCCCCUCCACCUGACUACGGCGGCAUGGGAGGGCCCGGCGGCUAUGACCCGGGCUAUGGCGGCAUGGGGGGCGCCGGAGGCAAUGGACCGGGAUACAGCAGCAUGGGACCACCGCCACCUAGCAGUGGUGGAUACGACCCACCUGGCUACGGCGGCAUUGGUGGCUAUGGCCAGAGCUUCUUCAACAUGAACUAUGCCCGCAGCCAGCCCCCACCACCGUCCGUUUCACACCAGCACCGCCCGGAGGCCACCGACGCCACAGUCCAGACCUUCUUCAACAUCAGCUAUGCGCGUGGCCAGCCCCCGCCGCCGUCCGUAUCGUUUGAGCAACGCCCGGAGGCCAGUGAUGCCACGGUUCAGACCGUCUUCAAUACCAGCUAUGCGCGGGGACAGCCGCCUCCGCCGUCUGGAGCAUACGAGCAACGCCCGCAGGCCAGCGAUGCCAGAGUCCACUAUUAUGGUGACGGCGGCGCGCAGCCACCCCCGCGCGGGUACAAUGGGUAUGCCUCCCCGCCGCAGAGUUCCUAUAACCAGUAUGCCUACGGUGGUUACUAUGGCGGUGCUGCUGCUCCACCUCCGGCAGAUAUGCCAUCCUCCUCCCGCGAGGAAGUCGUGCCACCGCCGCCUCCAUCUCCGCCGAGUGUGUCUACUUGGGAUUUCUUGAACCCAUUUGAGACCUAUGGGAGCUACUAUGACCAGCCAACUGCUGCUCCAGCGCCAUACACUCCCAGCAGGAGUUCCAAAGAUGUGCGCGAGGAGGAGGGCAUCCCCGAUUUGGAGGAUGAGGACAUGGAGGUAGUCAAGGAAGCUUAUGGUGAGGACAAGCACCUGUUGAAUGGGCACACUGGGAAAGGGAAGGCCGCAAAGGAGGAAGGUCGGAGCAGUACUGGGGAUGAACUGCCCCGUGACUCCAAGUCGUCGCUGCCAAGUAGUAGUGGGAGCAGCUUGGAUCAUGAUGUUCAUGUAGUGGAGAAGAGUGUUGUCGGAGAACAGGUGCGGAAUGAAGCACGUCAACAUGUUGCUGGCCUGCCGGGCACAGGAUCAGAGAAGACGUAUGUUGAUGACAAUGAGGUGGUGCUCGAGAUCAAGGCUCAGUUCGAGCGUGCCUCCAGUUCAGCUGGUGAGGUGUCCAAGAUGCUUGAGGUCGGCAAGAUGCCUUACUACCAGAAAGGUUCUGGUUUCAAAGUAUCUGCGAUGAUGAUUUGUGGGAUACCGACAAUGGAGGAGGAGUUCCUGCGGUUCGAAGAGGACAAGGCGAUGGGAUGUGGCAACCUUUCCUCGACACUACAGAAACUAUACAUGUGGGAAAGGAAGCUUCUUCAGGAAGUUAAGGCUGAAGAGGAGGAAAGGCUUAAGUAUGAUAGGAAACGCCAGGACCUGCAAAUAUUAGAUGAGAAAGGUGCAGAAACUGAAAAGAUCGUAGCGGCUGAAAAGGAAAUAAGGAAGUUAUCGACAAGAAUAAGCAUAGCUAUUCAGGUUGUGAACACCAUCUCAGGCAAGAUCAGUAAGCUAAGGGAUGAUGAGUUAUGGCCACAAACAUGUGAGCUCAUUCAAGGGCUGAUGCGGAUGUGGGAUGUUAUGUUAGAAUGCCAUCAGAUCCAGCUGCAUGCCAUAUCCCAAGCUAAAAACAUAGACUCCAUGAUAGAUGCUGCAAGGUUUGGUGAUGAUCACAUGGACUUGAUCAAGCAUCUAGAGCUUCAGCUAUUGGACUGGACUACCUGUUUUGCCGGAUGGGUUACCGCUCAAAAGAACUAUGUUAGUACGUUAAAUGACUGGCUGCGGAAAGGAGUUGAGUAUGUGCCCGAGGAAACGGAUGACGGCGUCCCUCCAUUUUCUCCUGGACGGUUAGGUGCACCGCCCAUCUUUGUGAUAUGUAAUAAUUGGGCAGCCGGCGUGGCGAGGAUAUCCGAGAAGGAAGUCGUCAAGGCAAUGCAAGCCUUUGCGUCCAACGUUCUCCACCUCUGGGAGAAGCACAGGUCACAGCAAAGGCAGGGUAUGAUGGCCAAUAAAGGAAUGGACAGGGACCUGAGAGUGAUGGAAAAGGAUGAACAAAAAAUGCGCAAGGCUCUGGAAGCAAAGAACAAGAAGCUUGUCCUGGUUUCUGAUCAGACAGGCGUGUCCUUGUCCGCACAGGUGUUACACGGCGCAGGCCCCCAAGCCGAAAACAGCAGCCUGCAGUCGAGCUUGAGGAAUAUUUUUGAAGCGAUGGAGACCUUCACUGCUGCUUCCGCAAAUACUUAUAAGGAUCUCAACCUUCGCGCCGAGGAGGAGAAAGCUCGAGUCGCCGAAGAGAGUGGCAGUAGUGUUCCGUAGCUUCCAUGGUCUGUGUUUGCUGCUACAAUUGGACACAGGCCUAUGUCAGUGCAAAGAAAACUGACCCUGGUGAUCCAGAUUGGAACUGUAGUGUGCAUGGCCGUGGCUCGAUUCUGGCGGCAGGCUUUCAGCUGAUGCACUCUCCAUCCUUUGAUGCCGAGCAGGUCCGAGGCAGGCUCAGACAUGAUGAUACCUCAACCUUGUUGAUUUGAGAAUAAUAGGCUUUGAGGAUUGGAUGGCCGACCAUCUGUUCACAGACCAUACCGGAGAAGGAGCAAGGAAACUGUGGUGUGAAUCAAGAGGAGGCAGUCGCGGCUACCUGUGCAUCUCAGCAGCACAGCAGCAGUGGCGGCCAAUCCCUGAGCUAAGCAACGGGGCAGCACGGCGCCGAGCUGCCUGAGGGGUUUCCAUACACCGCGCCGUGUAAAAAAAAAAAAACAAAUCGAUGGUCAUGCUGUCAGGCUUCGGAACUGGUGGUGGUAGAAGAGCUGCAUCCUGCUGAAUUGCCGGUGCACAGACGAGUGUCGGACAUGGCGGUGCCUGAAGCGCCGAGGAACACAAUGGGGCAUGGUGACAUAUGCAGAGCCGGACGGCGGCAGCAGUAGCUCGGCGCCGGUACUUGACGUAGAGGCCGAUCGGCGGGCUCGAUCGACCGUAGGAUAUAUAGAUGGCUAACGAAUCGCCCUGGCUGUUGUUCACCGGAAGUUUUUUGGUCGUUUGUUCUUGUUGUGUUUAUUCGUAUAUAGAAGAAGAUAUGAUUCAAUUGGUGCAGCUGGUUGUUUGUUUGUUUGUUUGUUUUGUGUACAGCUGCUGGCUAACUGAACUUAACUGAAACCAACCUGUUGUUUUCUCUC